GUCGGAGGGGAGGGAGCCGCAGAGACCGGGAAGAUGGCGGCGGCGGCUGCACAGGGCGGGAGGAGCGGUGGUGGCGGAGGCAGUGGUGGGGCUGGCGGUGGUCCCAGCUGUGGGACAGGCAGUAACCGUAGCGGCUUGUUGGAUAAGUGGAAAAUAGAUGAUAAACCUGUAAAAAUUGACAAGUGGGAUGGAUCAGCUGUGAAAAACUCUCUGGAUGAUUCUGCCAAAAAGGUACUUCUGGAAAAAUAUAAGUAUGUGGAGAAUUUUGGUCUAAUUGACGGUCGCCUCACCAUCUGUACGAUCUCCUGUUUCUUUGCCAUAGUGGCUUUGAUCUGGGAUUAUAUGCAUCCCUUUCCAGAGUCAAAACCCGUUUUAGCUUUGUGUGUUAUAUCCUAUUUUGUGAUGAUGGGGAUUUUGACCAUUUAUACCUCAUAUAAGGAGAAGAGCAUCUUUCUUGUGGCCCACAGAAAAGAUCCUACAGGAAUGGACCCUGAUGAUGUUUGGCAGUUGUCCUCCAGUCUUAAAAGGUUUGAUGACAAAUAUACCUUGAAGCUGACCUACAUCAGUGGGAGAACAAAGCAGCAGCGGGAAGCUGAGUUCACCAAGUCCAUUGCUAAGUUUUUUGACCACAGUGGGACACUGGUCAUGGAUGCAUACGAGCCUGAAAUCUCCAGGCUCCAUGACAGUCUUGCCACAGAAAGAAAAAUAAAAUAACCAUUUCUAAAAGCAGCCCUCAUUCUGCCGGAUCAUGCUGAAUUAUCGAGUGGGUGGGGGGAAGAAACAGAGAACUUAAAAUGAGUAAAGUAAGAAAUGUUUAAAAUGUCCUAGUUUUGUCCUGAAAUUUUAGUCUAUUCUGGAAAAUAGGAUUUUCUAGCACAGAUAUGAGAAGUUGUAGCUCUGAUUGUAGCUGUAGCCUCCCUGGUCUGCUGAUUGCAUUGUUUUCAUUUGCUUUUCUAGAAAAGCAUUUUUGCUAAAAGCUGUACAUUUUUCCUUUGUACCUAGCAGUACUUUAUACCAUGUAGCUUUGUGCCAUGCAGCAUUUGAAGACUCGAUUUUUAAAGAUUGUUAACCUGUUGUUAACUGUGUUAAUUCCUAUUUCAACAACUGUUUUCCUAAAGAAUUCAGGAUACAACUUCUUGUGUAUGAUACCUUUCCUUCACGCACCAUUUGUGUGGUGUGUAUAUAUCUGACUUGAGGAGAAUUUAAAAAAAAAACACAGCUUUUAAAUUUGAUUAAAACAGACCUUCUGCCUGUUACAUUUUGUGCUCUUAACCAAUUAAAGAAGCCAGUGGCAUUUUUAGUUUUAUAUUGUCUGUUUUCCACUAGUAUAUUCCUGUUGAUUUGUUUGCCCUUUAUUAACUGCCAUUUUCUAAAGUUUUUUUCAAUAAAAGGAAAGAAGAUGUGAA